GAGGAGGGCCCGGCCUGCGGCGGCCUCGGGGGAGCCGUCCCGGCGCGCGGCCACCAUGUCGGCGCCGUCGGAGGAGGAGGAGUACGCGCGGCUGGUGAUGGAGGCGCAGCCCGAGUGGCUGCGCGCGGAGCUGAAGCGGCUGUCUCACGAGCUGGCCGAGACCACGCGCGAGAAGAUCCAGGCGGCCGAGUAUGGGCUGGCGGUACUGGAGGAGAAGCACCAGCUAAAGCUGCAGUUUGAGGAGCUGGAGGUGGACUACGAGGCUAUCCGCAGCGAGAUGGAGCAGCUCAAAGAAGCUUUUGGACAGGCGCACACAAACCACAAGAAGGUGGCCGCGGAUGGCGAGAGCCGAGAGGAAAGCCUGAUCCAGGAGUCAGCCUCCAAGGAGCAGUAUUACGUGCGGAAGGUGCUGGAGCUGCAGACGGAGCUGAAGCAGCUGCGCAACGUCCUCACCAACACGCAGUCUGAGAACGAGCGCCUCACCUCGGUGGCUCAGGAGCUGAAGGAGAUCAACCAGAAUGUGGAAGUCCAGCGCAGCCGCCUGCGGGACGACAUCAAGGAGUACAAGUUCCGGGAGGCCCGCCUGCUGCAGGACUACUCGGAGCUGGAGGAGGAGAACAUCAGCCUGCAGAAGCAGGUGUCCCUGCUCCGGCAGAACCAGGUGGAGUUUGAGGGCCUCAAACACGAGAUCAAGCGGCUGGAGGAGGAGGCUGAGUACCUCAACAGCCAGCUGGAGGAUGCCAUCCGGCUCAAGGAGAUCUCGGAACGGCAGCUGGAGGAGGCCCUGGAGACGCUGAAGACAGAGCGCGAGCAGAAGAGCAGCCUGCGCAAGGAGCUAUCGCAGUACAUGAGCAUCAACGACUCCUUCUACACCAGCCACCUGCACGUCUCCCUGGAUGGCCUCAAGUUCAGUGACGACGCCACAGCUGAGCCCAACAAUGAUGCCGAGGCCCUGGUCAAUGGCUUCGAGCAUGGCUUGGCUAAGCCGCCACCAGACAACAAAACAUCGACACCUAGGAAGGACGGCCUGGCACCGCCCUCCCCCAGCCUUGUCUCUGACCUGCUUAGUGAGCUGCACAUCUCUGAGAUCCAGAAACUGAAGCAGCAGCUGGUGCAGAUGGAGAGAGAGAAGGGGGGCCUGCUGGUGACGCUGCAGGACACACAGAAGCAACUGGAGCAGGCGCGGGGGGCCCUCUCAGAGCAGCGGGAGAAGGUGAGCCAUCUCACAGAGAACCUGAGCGCCCUGCGGCGCCUGCAGGCUGGCAAGGAACGCCAGACAGCCCUGGACAACGAGAAGGACCGCGACAGCCACGAAGACGGCGACUACUAUGAGGUGGACAUUGAUGGCCCUGAGGUCUUGGCCUGCAAGUACCACGUGGCUGUGGCUGAGGCCGGCGAGCUCCGAGAACAGCUCAGGGCGCUGCGUGACACUCAUGAAGCCCGCGAGGCCCAGCACGCCGAGGAGAAGGGCCGCUAUGAGGCCGAGGGCCAGGCACUCACCGAGAAGGUCGCCCUGCUGGAGAAGGCCAGCCGCCAGGACCGUGAGCUGCUGGUCCGGCUGGAGAAGGAGCUGAAGAAAGUGAGCGACGUGGCCGGGGAGACUCAGGGCAGCCUGAGCGUGGCCCAGGAUGAGUUGGUGACCUUCAGCGAGGAGCUGGCCAGCCUCUAUCACCACGUGUGCAUGUGCAACAAUGAGACGCCCACCCGCGUCGCCCUGGACUACUAUCGUGAGGGCCAGGCCGGGGCCGGCCGCACCAGCCCUGGGGGCCGCACCAGCCCUGAGGGCCGUGGUCGCCGCUCACCCAUCCUCCUGUCCAAGGGGCUGCUGGCCACAGAGGCCUGCCGAGCUGAUGGUGGGACUGGGGACAGCAGCCCCUCCCCCAGCUCUUCGCUGCCCUCACCCCUGAGCGACCCGCGCCGGGAGCCCAUGAACAUCUACAACCUGAUCGCCAUCAUCCGCGACCAGAUCAAGCACCUGCAGGCAGCUGUAGACCGCACGACGGAGCUGUCCCGUCAGCGCAUCGCCUCACAGGAGCUGGGCCCUGCGGUGGACAAGGACAAGGAGGCGCUCAUGGAGGAGAUCCUCAAGCUGAAGUCGCUGCUCAGCACCAAGCGCGAGCAGAUCACCACACUGCGCACCGUGCUCAAGGCCAACAAGCAGACAGCUGAGGUAGCCCUCGCCAAUCUGAAGAGCAAGUAUGAGAACGAGAAGGCCAUGGUAACCGAGACCAUGAUGAAGCUGCGCAACGAGCUCAAGGCCCUCAAGGAGGACGCGGCCACCUUCUCCUCCCUGCGAGCCAUGUUCGCCACCAGGUGUGACGAGUACAUCACACAGCUGGAUGAGAUGCAGCGGCAGCUGGCGGCCGCCGAGGAUGAGAAGAAGACGCUCAACUCGCUGCUGCGCAUGGCCAUCCAGCAGAAGCUGGCGCUCACCCAGCGGCUGGAGCUGCUCGAGCUGGACCACGAGCAGGCCCGGCGGGGCCGCGCCAAGGCCGCCCCCAAGGCCAAGCCGGCCGCCCCGAGUGUAAGUCACGCCUGCGCCUGCGCCAGCGACAGGGCCGAGGGCGCUGCGCUCGCCAGCCAGGUGUUCUGCAGCGAGAAGCAGAGCAUUUACUGUGAUUAGGCCGCAGGCUCCACACUGCAGCUAACUCGGUCCUGCUUCACUCACCUAACCCAGCACGGCGGGGCGGCGGGGCGCGGCUGAUCCUAACGUGACUAACGCACAGGGGCCAGGACUUGGGCUGAGCGGCGUGGGGCGCCGGGACUCUCGUGAGCUUCAUGUCGCCUCUCGUUUCUUACAGCCCUCAGGAGCUCCCUAGGGGCAGAGGUGGGGUAAAGGAGCACAUGCCCUUGGGGAAGACAGACACGCAGAAGUGUCUUCCGGGGCCCUGGGUGCUGGGAGAGCCCGAGGGAAGGGGUCCUGGCCCCACCCCUGGGCUCCCGUGGAGGGGCAGGGUCUGAAUGGAAACCUGCAUGCUCCUCGCAUGUCUCAUGUCAGAAAGCAGUUGUAGGAGGGUCUGGCCUGCUGAAGGGCCCCAGACCAUAGUCCGUACCGGGCAUGGCUUUACGGAAAGAACGGUGUAGAUUGUGCAGCAUCUCACUGCACAUCAGUCAGUGUAAAGGCACAGGAUGGCUUUCCCCAAAACCCAGAGAACAGGCCUGAGCUGCCCUCUGCAGACGGCCCCACAGCGCAGACACAGCCAGCGAGAGCAGGAGGGCAGAGCUCCGCAGCCUCGGCUCCUCAUUUGAGAUCUGCACGCUCAUCCACCAGUCUAUCAGGUGACAAAUCGGCAGCGCCUGAGGCCCAGGGCUUCCUUUCUUAGUGAGGAACUUUCCAAGUGCCUGGCCGGACCAUCCUUCCUGCAAAGUCCAUCCUGUUGUUUUGGGGAACUAUGGCUGCCUGCCUGCCCUUGGACCUUCCUCCCCGGGGGCUUCAGACCUGAAGGCGCAGGGCUUUGAAACCCAGCCGGAAGUCUGAGCUGCCUGCAGGCUCACCUGACCGGAGAGGCACGCGUGGUGGCAGCAGAGCCCAGCAGUGCUGGGGGAGCUCUGCAUGGGCCCAGGCCAGGGUGUGGGACUCACAGGUAGGAGGCACGUGGUUCUGCGUUGAGUGCCAUGUAGGGGUGGCCACACGAGAACAAGGGAAGUCGGCUGGGCCCCCCCCAAGUUGAAGCAGAGCUCUUCUCCCUGUUUCCCUCUCGGUCCCGCUGGGGCCGGCCGGACCACAGGCUACCAGCCACUCUCACCCGUCUGCGUGGACAGGAUUUGUGUUACUUGAUGCGAGGCCAUGUUGCCCUGCCCACUCUUCCCGUGGGUACCAAGUGUGUGUCAGGCCCUCCAGACUCCAGACACUUCCUUGGCAUGCAACACAGGCCACACGUGUCCCUUGCACGUCUGUCCUGGGAUGCUGCCCGCAUGCCCACCCCUCUUCUGCUGUGCCCUCUCCUGCUGAGCCCGUUCGCAGCUUCUCUCUGAACUUUUAAGGGGCUCUCAGAGCCACUGGCCCCUAACCCGCACGCAGGCCACUCUGCCCACUAACGUGCUCGCCCGCCCCCAGCACGGUGAGAGCUGUAGUUGUCAGACCAGCGGGAGGGGCGAUGACCGUUUCUAACGCUGUCUUGUUUUCUCCCGUUUUCAGCUGUAGAGUAGCUGCUGGGCGGACUCGGCCGCCGGCCCUGUCACAGCGCAGCCCCCUCCCCUCCCGUGCCCACACGGAGGAAGGAAGGGCAACCUAAAAGUCCAGUUAUAAAACGUUUUUGGAUAUGCCACUGCAGUUCUUUUCAAAAUAGCAUUCCCCAAGUUUGUAAUGGGAGGAAAAAAGCUUUAAUGUUGAGUGCCGCGAGCUGCUGCUUGGACAGGCCUCUCUAUGGCCGAAGAAACCGCUUCCAGGGCCACGCCGGGCUCGCUUGGGCCCGCCGGAACACCCACCACGGGAUCUCCUUAUCACAAAGUUUCCUUUUUUAUCCGAUCAACCUGUGCACUUUUGAUAUUUUGAUAUUAUAUUUGCUUCCUAAUUCCUCGCGUGGAGACGGUCUCAGAUGCUGUGGUCUGUGCUCGUGUCCUGUAGCUGUAGCUGUGUCUCACUCCGACGUGCGGAUCUGACGUCGGUGCGAGACAGCCGUGUGCUGCGUCACACGCGGCUCUAGACUGGAGGGAGGCCUUGACCCAGCAAGGGACGCUGCCGAGAGUUCCCUGCUGUGGUCCAGUAGCCUGGUAGAUACGGCAUUAUGGUUCAUGUUUGAAAUUGCAGAUUUUAAAUGCCAUCUUCAUUAAGAAAUCCAGGGUAUUCCGAUUCUGGGGUUUUUCAUAUUGUAUUAUUAUUAUUCUUAGGAAUAGUUCAAUGUAACAAGAAGAAAACUUGACCUUUGCUCUGGUUAAAACAAUAGGCACUUGAAAAAAGAUAAAUUAUUGAAUGAGUAGUAUUACCUACAGAUUCCAGAGCUUUCUGGGUUUUAGGACAUUGUAAAGCAUGACUGAUUAACAGAAUUUUAUACAACUGUACCAGUGAAAUUCCAAAUUGGAAUUGUUUUGUUAUUCUGGUUGUUGUGCCAAAUUGUGGUACACUUAGAAAAUUCUACAGUCGUCGAUUUUUAGGGUGUUCUAUUUCAACACCUUUUUGUUAGUACUCAUUGCCAGUAGUGCCUUCAUCAGUGAAGGGAGGUGUCCCAGCGCAGGUAGCUGUGAGGAGCAGGGAAGAGCUAGUUGGGAGCGCUGAAGGCCAGUGUGGACCAACAGGUGGGAGCAGGUGCUCACCUCCCCCUGGACCUGGGCAUCUUCAUGGAGGGAAAGAAACAGUAAUUGUGCAAAAUUCUGUUAGUCAGUGAUUCUUUACUUACAAAUUCAGGGGCUUAGAAGAUGAAAGCAAACACAAGAUCUUGAGUGUGAUUUGGGAACCACACGGACUUCCUGGGACAAGCUGAGCAAGCUGCUGACCACCAACAUUUGUGAAGCGCUGAGGGCAUAGGGCCGCACCCAUGGGCACUGGGGGGACAGGUAGCCGCGGUGUGCUUUGCAAAUGUGAAAAGGAGACGUUGUAUCUUCUCUUGCUUGGUGUAACUAAUCACUGUUAAUUUCAGGAAACAGAAUCGCUGAAGCUCUGCAGCAGACCAGGGCAGCUCCUGUUGUUUGCUGGGGAGAUUGUUGGGUGUGGGCGGAUUGGUACUCAGGGAGGAAGAAAACUGCUCCCUCAAAAAAAAAAAAAAAAAGAUAAA